CUUGGAGCAAAACAUUUGUUUUUUUUCAUGAAAAGUUUCUACAAAAAGUGAAACGGCUGAGACUGGGAGGACAGAAGGUGCCGUUGUUCUCCUACAGACAGAACUCGAAAUAUCCACAUACAAAAGUUGUAUUCUUUGUCACUUGAGCGUUUGCUUUUGGGAGGCUCUUCAAAAGGUCCUUUGGACGACUAAAGACUGCAGGAUUUUUUUACCAAGAGAGAAUUAGCCUGUGAUGUCUCUGAAAGGUGAUGUGUGUGUGGUGACGGGGGCCUGUGGAUUCCUGGGAAAGAGACUGGUGAGGCUGCUGCUAGAGGAAGAGAACAUGGCUGAGAUUCGACUGAUGGACAAACACAUACAGCCUCAACUUUUACACAGUCUGGAGGACUGUAGAGGUGACACAAAGUUGAGUGUAUUCGAGGGGGAUAUCAGAGACGGAGAUUUCCUGAAAAAAAUCUGUCGAGGCGCAUCAAUCGUCUUCCACAUCGCCUCCAUCAUUGACGUCAAUGAUUCGGUGGAAUACAGUGAGAUAUAUGGGGUCAAUGUCAAGGGAACACAGCUACUUCUGGAGGCAUGUAUUCAAGAGAACGUGGUGUCCUUCAUCUACACCAGCACCGUUGAGGUGAUGGGACCAAACCUAAAGGGUGAACCCAUAGUUAACGGCAAUGAGGACACAGUUUACGACAGUUCACUGAAGUUUAACUACAGCAAGACCAAAAGAGAAGCUGAGCAGAGAACCCUGCAGGCCCACAGCGAGGUGCUCCAAAACGGAGGCCGACUUGCCACCUGCACUCUCAGACCAAUGUACAUCUAUGGGGAGGGCUGCCGCUUCUUGCUGGGUCACAUGGGUGAUGCGAUACGAAACAAGGAUGUUCUAUUUCGUAUGUCUCUACCGGAGGCCAGAGUGAAUCCUGUCUAUGUAGGCAAUGUGGCCAUGGCCCACCUCCAAGCAGCCCGUAGUCUUAAAGAUCCACAAAAAAGAAAUGUUGUUGGAGGAAAGUUUUAUUUCAUUUCUGAUGACACACCACAUGUGAGUUAUUCAGACUUCAACCAUGUCAUGAUGUCGCCUCUGGGCUUCAUCAUUCAAGAGAAACUCAUGUUGCCUCUCCGCCUCUUCUACGUGGUCUGCUUUUUAUUGGAGGUUCUGUGCAUGAUGCUCCGACCUUUCGUACGCAUCACCCCGCCGCUGAACCGGCAGCUCCUCACCAUGUUGAACACGCCAUUCAGCUUCUCCUAUCAGAAGGCUAAGAGGGACCUCGGUUAUAUCCCCAGAUACACCUGGGAGGAAGCACGCAAACACACAAUUGAAUGGCUCGCCUCACAGUUGCCAAAGGAAAGGGAAAGAAUAAGAGCUAAAUAAUUCAUGAAAAAUUGUUAGUACUACACUGAAACGGCGAAUAAUGGCAAAAUAUACAAUAAGUAUGUUUAUAUGUCAUCAGUUCAUGUCAUUUUCAUACAUUUUCAUCACUGAUGAUGUUUCUGGGGGGGUUUAUGUUCUAUAGUACUGUAUAUGUGUUUAGCAUGUUUGCUUGUUUGCUUGUCAGAUAUUACCAGUAGAAGACAAUUUAAGAACUCACAACACAUUCAUUUUCCAAACGAUCUUGUAGCUUUGAUUCAUAAGUGUUCAGAAUUACCUGUUAUUCCUGUACUGUGUGGCAAUAUACUUGUGUUUAUACUAUUAAAGUUUAUAGAGGAAAGACUCUCUUAUACAUUGUACUUUUUAUUUGUACCUAGUCCCCAAAAGAAGCUUUGCCUCGCUUGAGAAGUAUGAAACAAGCUGACUUUUG